UUUGCAAUGGAACGAGUAUGGCUGCUGCUCCUUCUGACUGUAAAGGUGCUCCUAGUGACUGCGCAAUUCAACGGAUACAAUUGUGACGCCAACCUACACAGCAGAUUCCCUGCUGAACGAGAUAUCAGUGUUUACUGUGGAGUACAGGCAAUUACUAUGAAGAUUAAUUUUUGCACUGUCCUUUUUUCUGGUUACUCUGAAACUGAUUUGGCACUAAAUGGGAAACACGGGGAUUCCCAUUGCCGAGGAUUUAUAAAUAACAACACUUUUCCAGCAGUGGUCAUUUUCAUCAUCAAUCUCAGCACUUUGGAAGCCUGUGGAAAUGCUUUAAUGGUAACCUCAGUUCCAGGAAUUAAUGCUUAUGGCAAUAUAUCAACAGUCCAAAUAGGUAAUGUGUCAGGAUAUAUAGAUACUCCAGAUCCACCAACAAUCAUCAGCUAUUUACCAGGACUUCUGUAUAAAUUUAGCUGUAGCUAUCCGUUGGAAUACCUGGUCAACAAUACACAACUUGCUUCGUCAUCCGCUGCUAUCUCUGUAAGAGAGAAUAAUGGCACAUUCAUUAGCACUUUGAAUUUACUCCUUUACAAUGACUCAACCUACAGCCAGCAGCUGAUUAUCCCUAGUACAGGGUUACCAUUGAAAACAAAAAUUUUUGCUGGUGUGAGAGCAACCAAUCUUGAUGGCAGAUGGAAUGUUUUGAUGGACUACUGCUAUACUACACCAUCUGGAAAUCCAAAUGAUGAUCUGCGUUAUGAUCUCUUUUUUAGCUGUGACAAGGACCCUCAGACAACUAUAAUUGAAAACGGCAAGAGUCAGAUGGGCCGGUUUUCCUUUGAGGUGUUCCGCUUCGUGAAGCACAAGAAUCAGAAAAUGUCCACAGUUUUUCUUCAUUGUGUGACAAAGCUGUGCAGAGCAGAUGACUGCCCUUUUCUUGCUCCUAUCUGCAGUAACAGAAGAAGAAGAGAUGCUGCAAUGAGAACCACUUGGAAUCCACAGAGCACUUCUGGAAGUGCUAUCAUCUCUGCUGGCCCCAUCAUUACAAGGACUGAUGAGACUCCAACUAAUAAUUCACAGCUUGCUGGUCCAAAUGGAUUUGCUUUUCAAAUGAAUUCAGUCACCAGUGCCCUGAUUUCAGGAGUAGUGAUUCUGGGAAUAAUGAGCAUCGUUUUUUUCACAUUCUCCCUCACCCUCCUCCACAGGAAGUGGUCUGGCAGUAGCCCAGUUCUGAAUGGUAUACAAAACCCAGUCUUCAACUAG